AUUAAUGCUGUCAUAUAUUACAGAAAACAUGAUUUUCAAGACAGCUCAAGCUAACUUCUUUCUACUUGCAGUACACGUCCUACUAUUUGCAGUACACUGCGUGAACGCAACAGAACUGCAAAUCCCUCAAAAGUUCAGUGAAUCCGUUCACACUAACAACUGGGCGGUAUUAGUCGAUACGUCCAGGUUCUGGUUCAAUUAUCGACAUGUCGCUAACGUACUGUCGGUGUAUAGAAGUGUGAAACGCCUUGGUAUUCCCGACAGUCAAAUUAUUCUCAUGAUCGCGGAUGAUAUGGCGUGUAAUCCACGAAAUCCUCGUCCCGCUACUGUCUUCAACAAUGCCAAUCAAAACAUUGAAGUUUACGGAAAUGACGUGGAAGUAGACUAUCGCGGGUAUGAAGUGACGGUGGAGAAUUUCGUCCGUCUUUUGACCGGAAGAUUGCCUGAGAACACACCAAGAUCAAAACGUCUGCUAACCGACGAAGGAUCUAACAUACUAGUUUAUAUGACCGGUCACGGUGGUGAUGGAUUUCUAAAAUUCCAAGAUUCUGAAGAAAUCACAAAUAUCGAGUUGGCUGACGCUUUCCAGCAGAUGUGGACGAAACGGCGGUAUAACGAAAUAUUCUUUAUGAUUGAUACCUGUCAGGCCGCCUCUAUGUUUUUAAAGUUUUACAGUCCUGGAAUAUUAUCUGUAGCAAGCAGUCUAGUGGGAGAGGAUUCUUUAUCUCAUCAUGUAGAUCCUAGCAUAGGAGUUUAUAUCAUUGAUCGAUAUACUUACUACGCGCUUGAGUUUCUUGAGCGCGUUCAACCCAACUCUCAGCGCACUAUGGGGGAGUUUAUGGAGGUGUGCCCGAAGCGCGUAUGUAUCUCUACAGUUGGCCGCCGAACCGACCUGUUCGGCCGAGAUCCGUACAAGGUCCGAAUCACGGAUUUUUUCGGAUCGGUCAGACCAGUGGAUUUAUCAAAUAAUCCAGCCAAUAUGAAUGCAUCUUUAGAAUUACCCGAGGAAGCGACGAAGAAAUCCGCAAAAAGUGACAAAUUCUAUUUCGACGAUUUGUUCCCAGUGGACAGCCUGGUAAAACAGAAGUGAUUCUGUAUUCUUCAAUAAGCUUAGAUGCAGUUAGAGUUAAUGUUGUUCAUUCAGAAGAGAAAUCAAUUAAUCAACAAUUUGGUUUGACAUUCUUAUUUAAAAAGAAGUGCAUUUAUUGAUAAUUUUUAUUAUUAUUAUCAAAAUUCUCAAAUCUUAAGGCUUUUUAUUAU